AUGGGCGAUAACGAGGCUUCACACACUCCGGCGACUUCCAACGCUAUGGCCGGCGAAAGCCCACCCCGGCUGCGAGCCGCUUCAGCGUGUGUCGCCUGCAACAAGAAGAAGGUAAGUCGUCUAUACUACGAUGCGCUCUCUGGCGUGUUCGUGCUGGCCGAUAUAGCACUGCUUGCCCCCUUUUUCUCCUUUUUCGUUCUCUGCCAUCGCGCUGUUAAGCUUCCAGCGACUAACCCGAAGGCCGACGGUGCCGGCGUCCCCCCCAGAUUCGCUGUAUAUAUCCGGACGGCGGCCAGCAGUGCUCGAACUGUGCUAGGAAUCACUGGACAUGCUCUAAAAAGUUUUUACGUUGGGCUAAUAAAACACUCUUUUUCCGUCGCAUGUUCAAGACCCCGCGAGCGCAAGCGAAAACGCCGGAAGGUCGCGACGGACACCACCAAGGAAGAACCAGACUCAACUCCCACUGACCAGCUCAGCGUUACGCCUUUACUGCCUCCGUCGCGCUCGCAGUGGGAGUCGGGGUAUCCGGGAUGGGAGCCUCGUCGCUCUAUCCUUGCCGACGGCCAUCCUUCCGGCACAUCGGACUCCUCAGGGGGCCCCGGCUCCACGGCGCCAAAUAAUAAUAACAAUACGAGCCAGACGCCAGCGACCUCAUCAGCGGUGCAAGACGCUGAUGGCAACACCCUGUAUUCGCAAAAUACCCCCAGUUCGGUGCCUGUUCGGCAUCAGCAGCUGGAACCCGGCCCACAUGAGUCGGCUUCGGGGGGUAGUACGACCUUCCUCGGCCGGUCGGAGUAUAUUCGAGGCGAGCUUCCGUUGAACGAAGAUCGAGCGAAGGCCUAUCCCGCCGUGGCCACAGAGAGUUUGAUGGAAGAAGAUAUACAGAUCCUUCAGCUCCAGCAUGCCUUUGAUCUCCCGCCUCGCGCCGUCAGGGAUGGGCUCAUAGAUACCUUCAUGAAACGGUGUGCACCGUGGAUGCCCAUCGUCGAGAGAAGCUGGCUCAUGGAACGUCGUGACAGCCAGCCGUCGAUAUUACUGCUUCAGGCUGUCUUUCUUGCCGCAAGUAGGGUGUCAUCUGCCCCGGCCGUCACAGCCUAUGCAUCGUCUAAUGAAUUUUACCGUCGAGCAAAGGCGCUGUUUUGGUCCGGGUACGAGAAGAAUACCAUCACUGUUAUAACUGCCGUGUGUAUCUUGCACUGGUAUAAUCCCGAGGGGCCAGAACAUGUUUCUAUUAAUACCAGCGGAUUCUGGAAUCGCAUCGGCGUUGGUCUGGCGUAUCAAAUCGGUCUACACAAGGAGCCGCCACCUGGGCGAGAAGCUGCCCUACGACGCAGGCUAUGGUGGACUCUAUAUGCAAGAGAUUGUUUGAUAUCCGCUAGCCAUGGACGACCACGGGCAAUUAACGUAGAGGAUAACGACGUUCGGCCUCUCACGCCCGAGGACUUCUACGGAUGCAGCGCUAACGAUGCCCUAUUUUCCGCACAUGUCGAGAUAUCGGCGCUCCUUGGAGAGGUUACUCAGUGUUGCUGUCGCCGAGCUCUGACGCGACAACGGAGAAUAAGCAUUGAGAAUGCUCUUUAUAGAUGGUCCAGAGAACUACCGGAACAACUCCGUCUCUUCCGCAGAGUCUGUCCAUCAGAAGGGUCGGCAACCUCGAAACUAGUGCUCAUGCCUUAUAACUUCGAAGCACGUCAAUUACACGUCACCUACUUUGUCAUUCUAGCCAUUCUCUACCGCACCUCGUCCCCGGGAAAUACCCCUUCAGCAGCUGCCAUCCUCGCCUCAUCCUUCAUCGCAGGAAUAUUUGAAGAUUUCCUUGCAAGGGACGAAAUUCGCUUCCUUGGCCCCAUCUUCACCUUCUAUCUCCUCGCAUCCGGUGUCGGUCUCGCAUCAUGCUACUCUUACCCCCAUCUCUGGGAACGAGCCCAACAAGACCUCCGGAUAAUCUGUAACUCUCAAAAGGAGCUUUCCAAACGCUGGCCUUCUGCAAUCGGUAGCCUGAAAGCCCUGCAGAGCAUGAUUGAUGAAACUGCAAAGGCCGCUCGGCCCGCAGACAGGCCACAGCCUACACCUCUCACCACCGACCAACAGACUACUUUCUGCGGCUUUGGUACUGAUUUAUGUCGACUGGGAGACGUCAUGCUAGCCAACUAUCCGCAUGAAAUAGGGGACUCGGGCAGGCAGGAAGAUGACCAAUAUGCCAGAACCGUCUCUGAUAUGAUGACUGCGGGUAUACUGGCAGAGCUGAAAACGCCCAUGGACCCCGCCUCGGCCCCCAUCGAUGAGUACCUGCCUCUCGCUUCGGUGAUAGACCAUAAUACGCAGCUGGCAUUUGGAGUGGAAGAGCCGACUUCGAUUAUCCCUGACGAGGUUCUAUACGGGCAGUACGAAGGUAUUGGCAACUGGUUACUUCGUGGCUGGGACUGCAACACCGAAGUCCCAUGGUAA